AUGAAGUCCACCAUCUUCUCCGCGGUUGCGCUGCUGGCCAGCCAGACCUCCGCUCACAUGGCGAUGACCUAUCCCGCUCCCCUGCGCUCCAAGGAGAAUCCCUUCUCCACGGACAUCGACUACAGCAUCACCAGUCCCAUGAACAAGGACGGUUCCGACUACCCCUGCAAGGGCACCCUCAACCUCUUGGGAACUGCUCAAGCCAAGCCCGUCGCCACUUGGCAGGCCGGACAGCAGUACAACAUGACCAUCACCGGCGGUGCCAACCACAAUGGAGGCAGUUGCCAGGCCGCGCUCUCCUACGACAGCGGCAAGACCUUCACCGUCAUCCACAGCUACAUCGGUAACUGUCCUCCCGCGGGCACUUCCACCUUCAACUUCAAGCUGCCUGCCGAUGCUCCUGCGGCCCAGGAUGCCCUCUUCGCUUGGACCUGGUUCAACAACGUCGGUAACAGAGAGUUCUACAUGAACUGCGCCGUCGUCACCGUCAACGGUGGCGCUGCCCAGGGCAGCACUGCUUCCUCUGCAUUCGCCAGCCGCCCUCAGAUCUUCAAGGCCAACGUCGCCAACGGCUGCUCCACUUCAGAGGGUUUCGACGUUCAGUUCCCCAACCCCGGCCCGGACGUGGAUUCCACCUCCAGCAAGACAGCUCCUCCUGUCGGCAGCUGUGGCGUCGCUUCCGGCGGCGGCGGCGGUGGUGGCAACUCCCCCGCUCCUUCCAAUCCUGUUGCUUCGAGCGCUCCAGUCCAGCAGCCCAGCAACCCCGUUCAGCAGCCCAGUGUUCCCGCUGCUGUACCCUCCUCUGCCCCCGCAGCGGCUCAGCCCAGCCCGGUCGCUCCUGUCUCGUCCGUCAACCCGGGUGCGCCUCAGGUCAGCCUUGCGCCUACCACUGCUCGCUCAGCUGGAGGCUCUGUCCCCUCUGGUUCUCUUCCCGGCGGCGUUUUCAUGCCGGUUUCCAGCUCUACCUCUUGCUACACUGAGGUUGAGACGAAGACCACUCUGGCUACCAUCAGCAAGCCGGUCCAGACCAACGCGGCGCCUACUACUCAAGACAUCGCGCCUGUUCCCACGCCAACUCCUCUUCCGUCGGGUGGCAACAACGCUCCAGGCUCCAUGACCGCUGGCUUGGCUUGCACCGAGGAGGGCCAGUGGCUCUGCAUCGAGGGUACCCAUUUCCAGCGGUGCGCUUCCGGACGGUGGUCGGUUAUCAUGAGUAUGGCUGCUGGUACCAAAUGCCAGUCCGGAACCACUGAGUUCGUCACCUGGGCCAAGAAGAGAAACCACAAGAGAGCCCACGCCCGCCGCCUUCGCUCUCGUCAUAUUUAG